CGCGGCUUAUAACAGACGUGUUUUGCGCAUGUCCUGCAGUAACAUUUACAGACAGGGAGGGAGAGAUAGAAAAAAAACGUAGACUAAGACAUCCGAACAGUAAAUCUAGAAUUCCAGAAGCAGGCAAGCAUUUGAUGAGGUGUAUGAGAGGUUACCACACGAGAAUCACAACAUAGACGUGUUGCUGUGAUCAUUUUAAGACCAUUCUAUAGGAGAGGCGUCCCGAGUGCACGGCACGCGGGGCUGGAAUCCCUCUCCCUCCCACCGCCCAGACGAAGACAAGAGGUUGAGAAGGCUUCGCUGCUGUGCUACAUUGAGUCAAGAGGAAGACCGCAUCAGCACCAUGGUGGUUUUUAAUGGGUUGCUGAGAAUAAAGAUUUGUGAAGCUGCGGACCUGAAACCCACGGCUUGGUCUCUGAGACACGCGGUUGGGCCGAAGACGCAGACCUUCUUACUGGACACCUACAUUGCCCUUAACGUGGACAAUUCUCGAGUGGGCCAGACAUCCACCAAGCAGAAGACUAACAACCCAGUAUGGAACGACGAGUUUGUCACGGAGGUACAAGACGGGAGGAAAAUUGAACUAUCAGUAUUUCACGACGCGCCGAUAGGUUACGAUGAUUUUGUGGCCAAUUGCACCAUACAGUUUGAGGAGCUGCUGCAGAACAACAGCAGGCACUUCGAGGACUGGAUAGAUCUGGAGCCGGAGGGGAAGGUGUUUGUUGCCAUUGAAUUGUCGGGAUCCUCCUGCGAAGCGUCGCCCUCCAAUGAAAAUGAAGAGAGGGUAUUCCGUGAGCGCAGGCGGCCACGAAAACGCCAGGGGGCAGUCCGGAGGCGGGUCCACCAGGUCAACGGGCACAAAUUCAUGGCCACCUACCUGCGCCAGCCCACCUACUGCUCCCACUGCCGUGACUUCAUCUGGGGGGUGAUUGGAAAACAAGGCUACCAAUGCCAAGUAUGUACCUGUGUGGUACACAAACGAUGCCACGAGCUCAUUAUCACUAAAUGCCCAGGGCUGAAGAAGCAGGAAGACUUACCAGAGGAGGUGGGGUCCCAACGCUUCAGCGUCAACAUACCUCACAAGUUCAGUAUUCACAAUUACAAAGUCCCAACCUUCUGCGACCACUGUGGCUCCCUGCUUUGGGGCCUGCUCAGACAAGGACUGCAGUGCAAAGUGUGUAAGAUGAACGUACACAGGCGUUGUGAGAGCAACGUUGCGCCAAACUGUGGUGUGGACGCUCGUGGGAUUGCCAAAGUUCUGUCGGACCUGGGAGUCACCCCUGACAAGAUCUCCAGCAGCGCCCAGAGGAGGAAAAAGUUGAAUGCAGGGCAGGAUCCUCAGCAAACCGUUCCUCAGGAGGAAGAGGACAGCUCAGUUUCGGGUCCUACUUCUCCCUGUGACGAGGAUUCUCUGUCCUCUUCUCUGUCUCUGACAGAGAUAAAAGACCUGGAAAACGUCAGGUCGAGUCUGGCACUUGACCGCAGCAAUCAGGAGCUCAAGCCGGCCUUGUCGUCGUCCACAUCGAGGGAUGGGGGCCUGGGACGUGUUGAGGAGGAUUGUGAAAACGGAGAGAACAAAAUCUUCCACAAGAGGUUGAACCUGUCAGACUUCCUCUUCAUUAAAGUCCUGGGGAAAGGCAGCUUUGGCAAGGUGAUGCUGGCGGAGCUGAGAGGGACGGACGAGGUGUACGCCGUCAAGGUUCUGAAGAAGGACGUGAUCCUGCAGGACGACGAUGUGGACUGCACCCUGACAGAGAAACGGAUCCUGGCGCUGGCUAGGAGGCACCCCUAUCUGACCCAGCUCUUCUGCUGCUUCCAGACCAAGGAUCGCCUCUUCUUUGUGAUGGAGUACGUAAAUGGAGGCGACCUGAUGUUCCAGAUCCAGCGGUCUCGCAAGUUCGACGAGUCGCGGUCUCGCUUCUACGCCGCUGAAGUCACCUCGGCACUCAUGUUCCUGCAUCAGAACGGAGUCGUAUACAGAGAUCUGAAACUGGACAACAUCCUGCUGGAUGCAGACGGUCACUGCAAGCUAGCCGACUUUGGGAUGUGUAAGGAGGGCAUCCUAAACGGGGUCACCACUACCACCUUCUGCGGGACUCCUGAUUACAUUGCCCCUGAGAUCCUUCAGGAGCUGGAGUACGGCCCUUCGGUGGACUGGUGGGCCCUGGGGGUGCUGAUGUACGAGAUGAUGGCUGGCCAGCCGCCAUUUGAAGCGGACAACGAGGACGACCUGUUCGAGUCCAUCCUGCACGACGACGUGCUCUACCCCGUGUGGCUCAGCAAGGAGGCCGUCAGCAUUCUUAGAGCAUUCAUGACGAAAACUCCUCACAAGCGCCUGGGCUGUGUGCUGUCGCAGGGUGGGGAAGAGGCCAUAAGGACCCACCCCUUUUUCAGAGAGAUUGACUGGGUCCUGCUGGAGCAGAGAAAGAUCAAGCCCCCGUUUAAACCUCGAAUCAAAACCAAGCGAGAUGUGAACAACUUCGACCAGGACUUCACCCGUGAGGAGCCAGUGCUCACGCCCGUGGAGGAUGCCAUCAUCAAGCAGAUCAACCAGGACGAAUUCAAGGGCUUCUCUUACUUUGGGGAGGAGCGUCUGUCCUAAACCCUCACCUCAGACCUCGCCCCCCAUGCUGAACUCAUGGAAACAUCCUAACUCCAGAAUCAACCGCAGAACCAACCAACCCUCGUCGUGACCACUUCAGCCAACCACCCGUGGCUGUAUCAUUUAUCUAGAUAUUAGCUAUAUUUUGCUCAUUAGUUGUUGCUGUUCAUUGUUUUAUUUAUAUAUAUAUUUAUUUAUUUAUUUAUUUAGGGGUCUAAAUAAAAAAAAAACCUUUUUGCCUUUUCUUUUCAUAUUUGAUAUACUGUGUCAUUUUCAUGUUCAUACAGGAGAUCUUAAAAAGUUAGUUCCUGUAGGGGACAAGUCCACUUGGCCAGUUUGGUUCUGUUGGUCCAGUUGAACUGCCAGCCCUGGCUGGUUGAGCGGUAUGUCUCUCCCCACAUCACAUCCACCUGUCCAAUGGGUCCUCAGUAGGUAUAAUUACGCCAUCAGUGGGAGGCGCUAAUCUCAUAUUGGGCAUGACUAAGAGGUCUGCGAGAGUGGGUGUUGUCUUUGCAUGGACUAAAAAGAUAUUUAUGCACCUUUGCUUGGAAUACAGUAUUCUCUUCGUCCACAAAUUUCUUUACCUCUUCCAAGAGUACUCUUCCAAUGUUUGUAUUUUAUAAAAUAUAUUCAAAGAGCUAAAAACACACAAAUAUAACAGUAAGAAUGUCUUGCAGGCACAAAAUGGGAGGUUUCUCCCCUGCAAUGCACUACCUUAACCAAAUUAACAGUAACCAUGAUUGUAAACAACAUAACCUUUAAUAGGUUACUAUAUACAAAAAAGAUAAUGCAGGGUGUUCUGAAAUGGAUGCAAAUUAAUUCUAUAGCUGAAGGCCUUUUUGUGUUUUGGGGUGACUUUUGUGGACCAACAUUCCACUGUAGAUAAGUGCAUGGUGUUACUUGAGUUUUGGUGUGUUUUGCACUGCAGGGUGUGUUAGUGUAUGCAUGUUCAUGUUGUGUGUUGGUGUGCGCAUGAAUUUAAAUGAGUGCGUGUGUGUGUGUGGAAAUGCCCAUUGGAAAUGGCAAUUUAUUGAUUCCAUUUUUAUUCUUUUUUUUUUUUUUGGUAAUGUUUUUUGUGUUCUUGGAGUUUGUUUUUUAAUGAAUACUUUUACUGGAUUGUCAUACUGAAGAGUCUGUCUAUCACAAGAUUCACCACCAUUGGGAGGCAAGGCAGCUCCUAAAAAUAAUAAGAGAAUGAGGUGCCAUGGAGCAAAAAAGGGUGGAGGCAUAGCCUUUUGCUGUAUGCGAUGUGUGACUCUCUGAUUUCAACCAAUCAUUGUGGUUUGCUGAGGUGAGCAAUACAUUUUGAUUGGUUCAGACAAGCCAGUGAUUUACAGCUCUUUAUAGCUCCACUCAUGGGGUUCAUGAAAUCUCACGCUUCCUAUCACUACCGAAACUCAGUGUGCGGAGCUCAGUAUGUAUAUAAUUGUAUUGCAAGUCUGUGAAGUUCAUGGGAAAGACAGGUGUCAGCAACUGCAUGGUCAAUAUAUUCAUUUUAUUCUGUAUAACUGCAUGGAGAAGGAUAAGGAAUGAUCUUUGUGCAAUAUAGUGUAUGUGUUGUUUUAUUUGGGGUUUUUCCUCUUUUUGUUUUAUGUUGUCUUUUGUUUUAUGACACCAGACCUCCCUUGUUUUGCUAUUGCGUUGUUAAUAUUUAUGAUUCUAUGCCUGUAUGAAGCUCCUGUGUCAUAUUCAGUCUGCUGUUUCCGAAUCUCGCCCCGGUUUGCUGUGGUUCUCUGUACAGCUCAUGUGACCUAUUCAGCACUUCCCUUAGUACAGCAUAUUCAACCAGUACCAUGUACUCCCUCCUUAUAUAACACACUUCCUGAUACAACACACUCUCUUAUACAACAAACUCCCUAAUGGAACACACUUCCUGAUACACCACACUCACUUAUACAACACACUCCCUAAUGCAACACACUCUCUUAUACAACACACUCCCUAAUGUAACACACUUCCUGAUACAACACACUCACUUAUACAACACACUCCCUAAUGCAACACACUUCCUGAUACAACACACUCCCUUGUACAACACAGUCUGAUAUAGCACACUCCCUGAUACAAUACGCUUUCUGAUACAACACAUUAACCCUGUGUUCUCCCAAGUAUCCUGCCCAUACCUGUAAUAACACACUCACCGAAUAUAGAUUUCAUAUCUCAUGUACACAUAAUACACAUACACGAAUAACCUGAGUUAUACAUAUGCAGGAAACCUGAGUGUUAUAUGUAUUAAAAAUAAAUAUCAAUCUUAUACAGUUAAACCACAUACAUUGUAGUGCCGCUUUUAUUUUUAGUUUUCGGUUACUCUCCCCACCCCCCCCAAAAAAAAAAAAAGUAGAAAUGACAUCACUUAAUCAUUCUGAAUGUGAAUAUGAAUGUGUACUUAACCAAGUAGAAGGUGCAGUUUCAGCAUGUUAUUUUAUGAUAUACAGUUCAUUGUGUCAGGGCAACCAUUGCAGUGUGAGUAAUCUUACAGGUGAGAUUCAGGUUGGCAGAAACAGGUUCACCUGGUUGGGUCUCACCAGAAUUGCACAAUUAUGUGAUUUUUAUUUUUGUUUUUUGCUUGGUGAAUUUCAUUGGGACCAGAAAAUUGUUAAUAACUGGAAUGCCUUGCUAGGUCAUGCAAUAGACACAGAGAGCCUUUGACAAUUUGAGACCAGGCAGGAUGCAACACUGAAUACCUUCUCUGGGUAGCAGCCAAAAUGACGGGCCUAGAUGAGCUGAAUUACCCGUUCUCCUCAUCAAACGUGAGCCUCACUGAUUCUGACAUUAUGUAAUUGUUCUCUGACAACAACAGGAAAUUAUACAUGUUGUGCAAUUCUCCAAUGGGAAGUAUCGUAUAAGCAAAGCUAACAGCUAACCAGAGCUGUUCUUCCCAUAGAGGAAAGGCCCUCCCCCAUACGCAAGGGUACUAGUGGGGGUUGAGCAAGUCUGUAGCUGUCCAUACACACAUACAUUUCCACAGCCCCCCCCCACCCAAACAAACCAUUAAGCUACCCCACUCUACCCCACCAUUCUACCUCAUCUACCAGUGUAAUGGCACCAGCGAUGUGCAUGCUGAAUGUGUAGGGGAUGAGAGAAAUCAAGGGGGGGGUUUCAUUACAGGAAGGGACGGGGGGGAUAUAGUUAUGACAUUACAGACUGCUUAAUGAAACUGACUACAAUGCCAGUCAUUCAGACAUAUACUGGAUGUGGGGGUUCAGCUGGGAGGGUGGAGGAGUGGUGUUAGGGGAAGGCAUCAUACAGGCUUCUUAAUUAAAAUUGACUGCAAGCCAGUCACUCGAUGUUGUGAAUCACACAGGAAGCUUUGUCGUAACUGUCAACUACAGUUUGUUUGUAUCUAUCAUUCCAUUAUGGCCGUGUGCUGGCCUUUGACGUGUGCACUGUCUGUGCUGUGGGUUUGUCUGUGUUGCUGUGAGUGUUGAGCCUAUUGCAAAGGCCCUGAUCUCCUUUCUACCCCGUCAACCUUUUCUCUGCUCCAUGCCAAAUCGUAUCUCUGUCUUCUUUCUGCUUCCAUUUUGUUUUUUAUUUAGAUUUGUAAAUGAAACUGUAAAGUCAUUCAAGCAUUUAAAUAAGUAAAUAAAUGUCAGACUUACCUCUUGAAUUAAAAUAGUGUUAAAAUGUGUCCUGCAGAAUAUGAAACAUAUAUAUAUAUAUAUAUAUGGCAUUAAAAUACAGAUAUGAAAUAUGUAUAUUAUAGUACUGUAUGUGUGUAUGUACAUCCAGUAUGCAAUAGUUUCUGUAUUGUGAAGCUUUCUAUGUACAGAAAAAAUAUUUCCUAAUGGGGUGUAUAAAUUGAAUCUCAUUACAAGCAGUCAUUUAACUGUGCCAAAUGUACUGUAUUCAGAAUGAUGUGAAUGUGGAGUGUCUGUUUUUGAAUCUAUUAAAAUAUGUCCAAGCGUG